UUCGUUUCCCAGCUGCCGGAAGACCUAGGGCUGUGGACUACCUCUCCCGCGAGGUAGUGCACAAUUCCAGCCGUUCGCGUCGUAUUCGAACGCGCCGCGGCAGCCAUGUUGGACGUGGCCAGCACAGGGGCCGGCACCAGGGGCUCAUCGGAGUAGCUGUCACGAUGCUGGGGUCCUUGGUGUUGAGGAGAAAAGCGCCGGCGCCGCGGCUCCUCCUCCAGCUCCUCAGGUCCCCAUCGCUCCGGAUGCACGGAGGUGCUUCCGGUCCGAGCUUGGCCACCGGGGGUCGCGGGGAGCCUCAGUGGCUGAGGGCAGCCGUCGGGGGGCGUCCUGGAACAUCGCCGGCCUCGCGUCCCAGACGCGGGGCAGCCAGCGCGGGGCGCCAGAAAGGGCGUGUAGAGACUCACUGCUUCGCGGCUGCCACGUGGGGACGUGUUCCUAGCCCCGAAGAAACACUCCCGGGGCAGGACAGCUGGAACGGAGUCCCCAACAGAGCAGGGCUGGGCAUAUGGGCCCUCGCCACAGCGCUGGUAGUUCAUUGCUACAGCAAGAAUCCCUCCAACAAGGAUGCAGCCCUGAUGGAAGCUGCUCGUGCCAACAAUGUGCAAGAAGUCAGCAGGCUAUUGUCAGAAGGUGCAGAUGUCAAUGCAAGGCACAAACUUGGCUGGACAGCACUCAUGGUGGCAGCUAUCAGCCGAAACGUCAGUGUGGUGCAGCUCCUACUUGCUGCUGGGGCUGACCCAAACCUUGGGGAUGAUUUCAGCAGUGUUUAUAAGACCGCCAAGGAACAGGGAAUCCAUUCUUUGGAAGUCUUGGUUACCCGAGAGGAUGACUUCAACAACCGACUGAACAACCGCGCCAGCUUUAAGGGCUGCACAGCCCUGCACUACGCUGUCCUUGCAGAUGACUACCGCACUGUCAAGGAACUGCUUGAUGGAGGAGCCAACCCCCUGCAGAGGAAUGAAAUGGGACAUACACCCUUGGAUUACGCCCGAGAGGGAGAGGUGAUGAAGCUUCUGAAGACUUCUGAGGCUAAAUACCAGGAGAAGCAGCGAAAACGUGAGGCCGAGGAGCGGCGCCGCUUCCCCCUGGAGCAGCGACUGAAGGAACACAUCAUUGGCCAGGAGAGUGCUAUUGCCACAGUGGGUGCUGCGAUCCGGAGGAAGGAGAAUGGCUGGUACGAUGAAGAACACCCUCUGGUCUUCCUCUUCUUGGGAUCAUCUGGAAUAGGAAAAACAGAACUGGCCAAGCAGACAGCCAAAUAUAUGCACAAAGAUGCCAAAAAGUGGACAUGGUACCUGUUUGUUUCCACACAGGGCUUCAUCAGACUGGACAUGUCUGAGUUCCAGGAGCGACAUGAGGUGGCCAAGUUUAUUGGGUCUCCACCAGGCUAUGUUGGCCACGAGGAGGGUGGCCAACUGACCAAGAAGUUGAAGCAGUGCCCCAAUGCCGUGGUGCUCUUCGAUGAAGUAGACAAGGCCCAUCCAGAUGUGCUCACCAUCAUGCUGCAGCUGUUUGAUGAGGGCCGGCUGACAGAUGGAAAAGGGAAGACCAUUGAUUGCAAGGAUGCCAUCUUCAUCAUGACCUCCAACGUGGCCAGUGAUGAGAUUGCACAGCACGCACUGCAGCUGAGGCAGGAGGCUUUGGAGAUGAGCCGUAACCGUAUCGCUGAAAACCUUGGAGAUGUCCAGAUUAGUGACAAGAUCACCAUCUCCAAGAACUUCAAGGAGAAUGUGAUUCGCCCCAUCCUAAAAGCUCACUUCCGGAGGGACGAGUUUCUGGGACGGAUCAAUGAAAUUGUCUACUUCCUCCCCUUCUGCCACUCGGAGCUCAUCCAACUCGUCAACAAGGAACUAAACUUCUGGGCCAAGAGAGCCAAGCAAAGGCACAACAUCACACUGCUCUGGGACCGAGAGGUGGCAGAUGUGUUGGUCGAUGGCUAUAAUGUGCACUAUGGCGCCCGCUCCAUCAAGCAUGAGGUAGAACGCCGUGUGGUGAACCAGCUGGCGGCAGCUUACGAACAGGACCUGCUGCCAGGGGGCUGUACUCUGCGCAUCACUGUGGAAGACUCAGACAAGCAACUGCUCAAAAGCCCAGAACUGCCCUCACCCCAGGCUGAGAAGCGUCUACCCAAGCUGCGACUAGAGAUCAUCGAUAAGGACAGCAAGACCCACAGGCUGGACAUCCAGGCACCACUACACCCUGAGAAGGUGUGCUAUACCAUCUAGCAUCUAGCAGCCUGCCUACGUGUGCCCUCACAUCUAAUAAAGGCCCCUUGGCUGUGGCAUGGCAACUGACCUAUCUUCCCCUCGUGCCUCUCCCUCCUCGCUACACAGCCUAAGGCCUGCUCGCCUCCUCACAGCCCCUGGAAGACCCUCAGCCCCAAAGCCUGAAGCAGGGGUUUUGCCCUACCCUGGCCCCUCGGUUGUGGGCCCAUAAUCUGCUAACAAGCCUCCAGGAGAGGAGCUUCCUGUGCACCCCCUUCAAGGCAAGGGGGAGGGAGGUUCCUUGUCUGUGUCCUUCAGAAUGAUCCCCAAGCCCCAUAGUCCCUGGAACUUUAUCAUGUCCCCAGGAAGUUCAGGAGUGUGGCAGCUAAGAACAGAUAUGGCUGAAAGAAGAUGAGGACCAAGCUGUACCUGCCACCCUCUGCCAGCCUGCAUGCCACUCAGUCCCCAGAAUGUCACUGGGAGCAGAGAAAGAGGGCAGAGGCCCAGGCACAUGGAUGAUUCUGCAGUUUAAUCUAUACCGCCUCAUGUCCUAAAAUUCUAAGAGGAAGGGACCCAUAGAAGCUUUCCUCUUCCCACUGCUGUAUUAUGCCCACUGUUCUUCACCCCAUGUUCUGGGGUCAGACCAAACCAUGUUUCUCCAGCCUUGGGAACUAGGUCAGGUUAGGACACCUCUAGGAGGGGGCCUGACUUGUUCAUUACUCUACCCUAUUCCAGGACCCUACUCUGGGACAGAACAGCAGUCCCAGAUGACCAAGCACGCUCAGCUCUGUGGGGACUUCCUUCAGGAGACCAACAGUGUAGACAUUGGGAAGCUGUAGGGGGAGAGAUCAUGGGACAGGGCUCUACCCAAGUAGCCAUGGAGUCUGCCUCAGCCUUGUCUGUACUGCUGUUCUAGCUUUAUUAGCCUGGAAUAUACAUGCAGUUUAUUCAGUCUACAUAUUAGUCCCUAAGCAGAAGUCUAGACACCAUACCUCAAAGGCAGACCAGCUGUGUUUCAACCGCAGCCAAGCAAGGCACGACAAGGCCCAGUGCGUUCGUGGGCACCACCUGCAGUAGCCACCACUGAUAACUACUCCAUCCACCUUCCUCCUGCUGGGCCUUCAUGCAACCCUCCUGUGGUGUUAGCUAGUCUCUUUCAGGAAGCAGAGAAUGGAGGCAGGAAUCAAAGUCCCUUUGGUAAUGGAAGAAUGUCCUAACAAUAUAGUGGGUGCAAUCAGAGUCAGGGCAUGGGCUCUAGCAGAUGCUCCCACAAUCACUGUCUAGUCCCUCAGGAGUUGUGUCUGCUAUUCCCUACCUCAGUGACUGCUGUUCUUUUUGUUGUUUUUCACUUUUUGUUUUUAAAUAGUUUUUACUUACAGAAAGUUGUAUAAAUAGAGAAUUUCCAUGUACUCUUCACUCAGCUUCUCCCAAUAUUGGUAUCUUACAAAACCAUACUGUAGUUGUCAGAACUAGGAAGUUAACAUUGAUAAAAUACUGUUAACUAAUCUGUGGAUGUUGAAAUUUUGCCAUUUUUUCCCCUGAUGUUUUUACUGGUCCAGAAUCCAAUCCAGGAUCCUGCAUUGAUUCUGUUGUGUUACCUUUAUCUCUGUCAGCCUGUGGCAGUUUCUCCAUCUUUUUUUGUCUUUCAUGACCUUGACACUUUUGAGGAGUCCAGUCCAGUUAUUUUGUAGAGUAUACCUCAAUUUGAGCUUGUCUAGUGUUUUCAUAUGAUUGGACUGAGAGUCUGCAUUCUUGGCAAGACCACCACAGAAGUGAUUUGUAACCUUCUUAGUGCCUCCUAGCAAGGGGUGGUGUGAGCUUUGAUCACAUGGCUAAGGUCGUGGGUUUUGCCACUGUAAGAUUAUGAGUUUUUCCUUGAAAUGAAUAAGAAUCUUCUAGGGAGAUUCUUUGAAACUGUGUAAAUGUCUUAUUUAUCCUUGUAAUUUUGUCUACUGAUUUUAGCUUCCAUCAUCAUCUGUUCUUGCUUAUAACAGGAUUAAUGUUUUAUUUGCUUAAUGAUUACUUCUAUUUCCUUUUUCCAUGUAUAUAUGUAUUAAUUGAUACUAUACUGUAAAGAAGACCUGUCCUCCCCCCCCCAUUUACUUGAUAAUUUCAGUAUGAACUAAUGAA